ACCUUGAUGAAAACAGACGCGCCAGUGUUCACUUUGACUGAGCUUUGCUUAAGAAGAGAAAGUGUCAUCCGUACAGCAGUCUCAAUGAGUGAAUUUUCCGCAUCAUGACGGACAUCGUUCCAUCACCAACCAUCAUCAACAUUAGCAUCGACAGUUACGACGACCGAAUUUCCUCAACCGAUUAUCUGGGAGAAACCUCUCAAAGCCAAAGCUCCAAACAGACGUAUUCAAAGGGCGCCUCCAUGGAUGGAGGUGACGCAGCUAACUCCGGAGAUUGCUCGGAGAUGGACAAUGCUGCUGCAAAGUUAAGACGCCCUCUACUUGCUACAAUUGGGGAUUGCUUCAUUGAGUGUGAAGCACAUAAACUCGAAACAAAAGCUAUUGCUGAAGUUGAACUUUCACCUGUCGAAAUAGGAGGACCGCGUGACCAAAAUGCAAUGAAUUCUAAAUGUAAUCGCCAUGCAGAAACUGAGGAAGAUGACCUGGGGUUGCUUGAGGAGGAAAAUGAAAUUAAAAAUUUGGUUGAGUUCGUUCUUCACAAAGUUAAGAUGGAGUUAAUCCAGGAAAAAAACAGAAACCCACCAGUCCUUGCCGACAAGAGUCCAAAAGUAGGUUCAAUGCAAAAUUCCAAUGGAUGUAAAAGAGAUUCCUCUCCCGACAAUGAUGAGUAUGCUAGGCCUGUUACCAUGGAGAAAGAGGAAUACGCUGAAAGUUUUCCUCACGGCGAAAAGCGGGACGACAGAGUGAAGAACAAACCAAAUGUUGAAGCAAAAGCGGGCUCGUUGAAGGAAAAGGCAGAACAACAUCUUGACUCCAUCAUUAAGUUCAUCAUUGAGAAGCAAUGCAGAGAUUUAACAUUCCAGUUUCAUUCUGAACCCACCCAGGAAACAGGUGUCGGGGGAGACGUGUCGACGAGUCACAUGAAGGUGGCAGGUUUGGAUUUUGGAUUUCACAGUGUCAUGAAAAGGCUGACAGAAAAAGGGUGGAGGAUAGUUGGGGAGACAAGAAUGAUAUCGGUGAAGGGAUCGAGUUUCUUGAUGUUACAAACGGUGCACAGCCACUGGAUAUGUCGCACCAGGAGGAAGAAUCAAAAGGGGUUCAUCAACCUCAUAUGAUUCCAGUUCAACAUGAUGAGGUAGAGGAAUCACUUGACCGGGUCGAAGAAAUACAUGAUGAGGUUAAGCAGGCACAAAAAGAUGAGUUUCAAAACAGCCGUGGGGGAAUCAGCGACACAAAUGACGGCCAAGCAUGUGACGUUGAGUUGUCACUCGAGGUGGAAAGUGCAAAUUGGGUCCCAAACGAGAUCAGUGCGGAGGUAAAUCACUUCCUCCGGCAUGGCAGUGGGGAAAUGGGUGCACUAGAGGUGCCCCCUGAGGUACAAGGGGAGGCGAUUAAAGAUGAGGCGAAGGAGAAGAGAAAGAUUGAGUAUGAUCAGAAUUUAAAGGAUGGCGAAGAUGAAGAUGAGAGUUGCAGUGAGGAAAAUACCGAUGACGAUGAUGACAACCUGGUGACUAGCGAGGAGGAUGAAUUGGAUUCCAUGGUUGGUUAUGUUAUUAAUUCAGCCGGGUCAUCACUGACGAAUAACUUUGAUGUCUUCACGUUCAAAUCAUUUCACAUCAAUGAGAACAUUACUUCAAGAAAAGAAGGACCAGAAGAAGACAGUAUUAUCUUGGACGGUGAUGCUGCCCCAGAUGCAGAGGAAGUACUGUUGAUCCAUUCUGGUGAUGAGAACUUGCGUGGAGAAACUUUAAACGUCUCGGAUGUUUAUGCUGGUGAUGAUGUAAUCGAGGCCAGCGACAUGUUUCGGCAGGGCACUUGCUUUGUUGCUGCUGAUAGUAGUUCAGUCAAGCAUGAAGACACCGAAGGUGUGAAUGAUAAAAUUUGUGCAUCAUUUAAAAAUGUAGACAAUGUAACUCUUAGAGUUGAGGAGGCAAAUGAAAGGAAGAAAACUGACGAUGACAGCCUGCAUGAUAAGUGUUCUACCGAAAAACCUCAAGACGAUAGCUUUAGCAGGUCCGUCGAGAACAGGAAACCUCUCGAGAUUAAAGUGACUGAUAAUGCAGCUGACCUAAUAGGGCUUGAGGGUACUCACGAAUCGCUGGAACAAGGCAGUCCUACUUGGUCUAAGAAACAAGAAGAUGCAAUGUGCGUCAAGAAGCAAGAAAAUGAUGGAGGUCCAUCGCUUACCCACACGGCCGAGGUUUUGGAAGCAAAUCUGCAACUUCCCCCGAUUGAUACAGUUUGCAGGACCUCCAAAGUCCAAUCGCAGGAGGUGACAGAGACUUUGCUUCAAAAACUUGAAAAUGAUUUGCCAAAAUGUAAUAAGGAAGAAAAAACGUCAAGCGUUACUGAUAUGACAAGCUCUGUGAAUGGUCCGAAGGUUACACUGACUGUCAGUAACAUUGCUUCAGAUUCUGAUGACGAUGAUGAUUUGUAUGACACUGAGAGAAAGCCUUCAGUUAACAUAAACACUGCAGAAAAUGACUGGGAGUGCUUAGCCAUUCAACAAAUCAGUAAGUCGCAGCCCCAUGUGUGGUACCCGACGUACAACACGACGCAUCACAUUGUUGAAGACGCCUCAAAGACACAACACAACAACACUGGUAAACAUCUUGAUGCCGAUACGUUAAAAAUGAACAUACCGUCAAAAGUUCCCUCAAACGAGAAGGUUACCUCAACGCACGAUGUGUCAGAGAGCACUGUUACAGCUAAGUCACUUUCAUCUCACAACCUAACAACUGGACAAUCCAUGCCAUCAGUUUCCUCGCAAGCCCCCGCAUCUCAACCCGACCUACCAGAGACAGAAAGCGGCAUGGCGGUGAUCAACGACCGACUCCGCAAGAAAAUCGUACUCCUUGAGCGGCGUCUAAAGGAACUGGCCCUAGAGUUGACAUUCCUUGGCGACAGGAAUUGGAGACUGGAGGCAUACAUCGACUGUCUCAUCAAAACACUGGAAGUUCUGGAAGUCACCGAUGUGGUGGAUCUUGAUCAGAAAAAGUUGCCGCUCAGUCUUUUCAAAGUCAAAGUCAAAGCUGGCUACAAGUUGGGCUCCUAUAACGGCAUCCCGUCCCGUGCACUGCAGAGCUAUAAAAAGGAGGGUCGGCAACCACCUUAUGUCGACCUUAGCGGAUGGGGAGAUACGGAUAAACCCACCCAGAGACCAGAUCUUAUUGAUCCUACACCUUUGCCAUCCUGUGAUGAUGAUGUUGGUCUAAGUGUAUCUCAGAUGUACCACUAUGAAUCACAAUUGGAGGAGAUCUCCAUUCAGAACCAGAUCCUUGAGGGACAGCUCCAGGAAGCCAACGAGCUAGUUCAGUCCAUGAUGGGCGAGAGCAGCGCGGACGAAAGGCAAACAGGACCUCAGGACCUGCACCAAGCAAAGCAGCAAAAAGAGCAAGGGAUACAGACACGUCCACACGAUACAAGUACCCUGCCUCAGAAUGUUGGAGUGCUUCAGCAACAGGUGCAGGAUCUGCGUGACGAGUAUCAUCAAGGAGGUCAGGAGUACUGGCAGCAACCUCAACAAGAGCAGCAGCAGCAAUUAUUCUUGACAGGUGUCAUGCCGCAGAUCCAAACACAGCCCGAGUGUUAUGCCAUGCAUGAGGGGGAACAGUACUCUCUUCCACAGCAGCAGUUACAACACUACCAGCUUCAGCACUGUCAGCCUGUAGUGCAACCCCAGCAGCAGCAACUGCAGCAACCGCAGCAGCAGGCAUGGAACCCUCAAGCAGUUCAGGAGGAGACGGUGUUACCGAACUGCUGUGAUUGGGAAUCGAACGAGAAACUGUCUUUGCAUGACCCGCUGGAAUGGCCGACACUUACUGAGUCGCAGGCCCAAGUUACCGGCCGUUCCCAAACUGGAACCGGUACCGAAGCGGGACCACGUCCACUGCAGCUCCAAACUCAGCCAUUUGCGACCACUGGCCCUGCUUCUCACGUCUCAGAAUCAUCUCCAACCGUUUUGUCUAAUCCUGUGAAGGACAAAUCGACCCUUCACUCAUCAUUGGAACAACCGGCUAGUAGCGGCUCGAUUCCAAAUCACGAGAAUCGAUGCAAGGCGUCGUGUUACCAUGACAACAACCCUAAAGAAGCAUCCAGCAGCGGUACCGUUUCAAGCCAAAGUUUUUACAGGGGGCGUCGAUUUGAAAGUGACAGUAGAGGACAGCCGCGAUACAACCACCGUUCACUUGAGCAGAGCUUGAGUGGUAUCGAUACUUUGCCCAGAGGCCACCGGCUGGAAGAAUCGAUGAGAUUCGAGCAUUGGGAUCCACACGUCGAUCGUCUCUCCUCAUUAAUUCCUGGCGAGUUCCCUGUAGAUCUUCAUGGCGAAGCCUGGCGAAAGGAAAGAUCGCCCUACCAUGAUGUCCGAAAUGCACCGUCCCGCCACCCACUACCCUUCCAGCGGAAUCUAGACCGCAGUCGCCGCUUCUUCCACUGUGACUCUGUCCUGGACUCAUACUGUCCGGAUUUUUCAAACUUCCAGCACGCUCCAACCUUCAAAGAAGACCUCGGUGAGACUAUAUCAGCCUCCAACUCACAGUUCAUGCUUAGUAAUGGAUACGCAUUCGACAAGUUCCCGAGCCCUCCAAGCACACGCGGAUUCUCUUCUCUAGGUAGUUCAACGAGUACUGGUGCCCUACCGUAUCCCAGACAACAUAAACGACAAUCGACUCCAACGAGACGAGGCAAGCCAUGGACCAGGGCGGGAAGCUGCACUUCUCCACUGAGAUCACGCCAUAACCCGGAGGUGACGCUGAGCGAUUCAAAAUGAAAUAACAGUUUGGAAUAUUUUCAACAACAAGGGAGAUCUGUUUUGGGGACUGCUAAGGCGAAUUGUCGCUAAUAGAGCUUAGGAUUUGGAAUGAGAGACAUGUACGUUGUAUAAUAUCAGGCUGUUUGACUGAUUUGACAAGGAGGGCGACUCUGUCAGCUUGAUACCCUCUUUUGUCAGAUAAAAAGACUUGCAGGAUAUAACCUAAAAACAGAACUGAAUUGUUUUUCUUACAACCGGUUACCUACAAGUUCGGAAUAAUCUACAUGUGGUUUGGAACAAGAAGCUUUGUAUAACUGGAAGAAAACAAUUUCAAAAUAACAGUAAACAGAAAGUUAUAAAUCACAAUUUGUUCAAAGAAUCGAUGUCUGGAUACUCAACAAAACUUGCAGCGUAUGAAAACUUGUAACACAUAAAUGGCAUGCGAAGCUAGUUUCUUAAGAACAAAGUCUUCAUUUACUGCUUCUUAUAACAAUGUGGAAUUUUUUCAAACAGGUUUUUCAGAUUUAUUUAUUUAUCUAAUAACAUUUAUUUCACACUCUAAAUAAUUUCACACGAAAUAAGGAAAACCUACUUUAAGAUAACGAAGGAGAUCUGAUGCUAAGAGAAAAAGCUUUCAUUAAUGUUCUCAGGAAUCGGUGGUGGAUGAUCGUUUUAUUUUUCUGUCUCAGAGAAAUGGAAGAAUAAACGUCUUAAAUUAUCUUUGAGUCGGCCUAUG